AUGGAACUCUGUUCAAACUCACGUGUUAACUGCAUUGAUUUUAAGGUGGAGAACUGUGAGUGCGUAGAUCACUCGCUGAACUCAUCUCGCACCUACACCCUCGCGCCCAGAACUGUUGAUGAGGCUUGUGUUAGAUUGACGGUGUUCUACAUGCUUGUAACUGGGAGACUCAUUAAACUUUCAUUUGAUAACAUGUGGCUGAAUGUGUAUAUAGAUCUUAGAGACAGCUUAUCAAGUAUGCAUCUGCAUCAAGGUUUGGAUCGGUGUGUGUGUGUGUGUGCUGCAGUCGACGCGGACGAGAUCCGUCGACUGGGCAAGAGGUUCCGCAAGCUGGACCUGGACAACUCGGGCGCGCUGUCCAUCGACGAGUUCAUGUCCCUCCCCGAGCUGCAGCAGAACCCGCUCGUGCAGCGCGUCAUUGACAUCUUCGAUGCAGAUGGAAACGGAGAGGUGGACUUCAAGGAGUUCAUCCAGGGCGUGUCUCAGUUCAGCGUGAAGGGUGACAAGCUGUCCAAGCUGCGCUUCGCGUUCCGCAUCUACGACAUGGACAACGACGGGUACAUCUCCAACGGGGAGCUGUUCCAGGUCCUCAAGAUGAUGGUCGGCAACAACCUGAAGGACACUCAGCUGCAGCAGAUCGUGGACAAGACGAUCCUGUUCGCGGACCGCGACGAGGACGGCAAGAUCUCGUUCGAGGAGUUCUGUAGCGUGGUGGGCAACACGGACAUACAUAAGAAGAUGGUAGUCGACGUGUAG